CUGCGGGUUUUGCGCACGGGGACGCACGCGACGCGGCAGCAUCGGAGGAAUCCAUAGCAACGGCGGAUAAACAUGAGUUACUACAGCAGAGCCUCCAGUUCUUCCAGCUUCGCGUCUGCCGCCAUGACCAGUACGCUGGAGGACGACAGUCUGAACCUCAGACAGCAGAAACUGGAGAAACAGGUGAGACUCAUUUACACAACAAGACAUAACACAAUCAUCAAAACACAAAAACACAUCAAAACAAUAACAUGCCAAAACACAACUCUGUUUCUCUCAGGACUGUCUGGCAGCAUGAACUACGACGAGGCCAGCGAGGAAGAUGAUGAUGAAGCUGAAGAGCGAAGCCGAUCGCUGUCGCCGAACACAGAGAGCACUCGUCCUGCGUCAGCCUCCAGCACCAAAUCAACCACGGAGUGUCUCCCGCUGGGUUCUCCGUCGGCUGAGGGCUCCUCCGUUGAGGUGGAUAAUCUGGAGGAGUUUGUGCUCCGCCCGGCUCCGCGGGGAGUCACCGUCAAGUGCCGCAUCUCGCGGGAUAAGAAGGGCAUGGACCGCGGCCUCUAUCCCACGUAUUACAUGCACCUGGAGAGAGAAGACGGCAAGAAGGUGUUCUUAUUGGCCGGACGCAAGAGGAAAAAGAGCAAAACAUCCAACUAUCUGAUCUCUGUAGACGCCACAGAUCUGUCCCGCGAGGCCGAGAGCUUCAUAGGAAAACUGAGGUCUAAUCUGAUGGGAACCAAGUUUACUGUGUACGAUAACGGCACGAACCCCUCAAAAACCCCCGGAGCGCUGCUGGAGGAAACCAACACACGACAGGAGCUCGCCGCCGUCUGCUACGAGACCAAUGUUCUGGGCUUCAAAGGGCCGCGGAAGAUGACCGUGAUCAUUCCCGGCAUGAACAUGAACUUCGAGCGGGUUCCGGUUCGGCCCGCGUGUGAGCAGGAGUCUCUGCUGAGUAAAUGGCAGAAUCACUCGCUGGAGAAUCUGAUCGAGCUGCACAAUAAAGCGCCGGUGUGGAACGACGACACGCAGUCCUACGUGCUCAACUUCCACGGCAGAGUCACGCAGGCCUCCGUCAAGAACUUCCAGAUCGUCCACGACAACGACCCUGACUACAUCGUGAUGCAGUUUGGUCGUGUGGCGGAGGACAUCUUCACUCUGGACUUUAACUACCCCAUGUGCGCCCUGCAGGCCUUUGCCAUCGGCCUGUCCAGCUUCGACAGCAAACUGGCCUGCGAGUGACCACGUGACACGCCUCACCCCUACACACACACACACACACACACACACACACACACGCUC